AUGCUUACAUUUGCAGGCCUUGAAUCAUUCUCGACCGCCUGCUGCCAGCCUCAACCAUCCUCCUGGAAUCUGGCACACAGACAGCAAUCCUUGCGUCAGGUCGGACUGUCGUGGAAGCGGUCGCAAGUGAACACUAUCUCUCGAAUCUUUUUCGGCGGUUUACUUCUUCCUUCGCUCGCUUGGUUGCUGGUAGAUUGUCUGGGAUCGGUGCAGACGCGUGCUCCUGGUAUUGAACAGCAUCAGAUGGGAUGGGCUCAGGUUGCUGCCUGGAGAGGAGGAUCAAAAGCUUUAAAGACUCCCAACAUUCAUCAAAGGACGCCUCCAAAUUUAUUGAUAGAUUAUAGCCAAUUGUCAACUAGAAAUUCGUCGAAUCGGUCAGCGGGAUCGGAACAGACAAUUCCCACUAGUCAGGAAAUUAAAAAGGAGCCGACUUUUUACUCUGAAUCUUCAUUCCUUCACUCUCCUAAUUUCUUCUUUUCGAACCAACCUUUCGGAUUUACAAGAGCACCUUUUGAUCGAAGGAGUGAAUCUCAACGACCAAGUGGGUCCUUUAGCGCGCUUAAACAAGCAUGGAAAGAAGCAAAGGAGGUCAAGGGAGACGUAACUAUGACGCACAAUCCAAGCCGAAUGUGGCAUGAAAACGCUGUAGCUUUCGAUAGAAAUGCCUACAUCCCAGAGACAGAUGAAAGUAUCGAUAAGCCGUGGCUUACUGCGAAAUCGACUGAGUCAUUUAAAAGAAUUUUGCCCUUUGUAGCGCGCCAGCGAUCAUCUGGAAUAUACAUACCCCGUGGCCAUCUGAAUAGAGCUGCAUCCAGUCUGCAUUCCUUAACAGAAGCAUCGCAGGCACACCCGAUCAGUAGACCGGAGUUCUUCGGGAGUUCUCCUUUACGAUCUGACCGAAUGAUGACAUCUCCUAUAGCCAAGGGAGCCAAUGUCCCCUGGUCAACGGAGCCUACAGACUACUCGGCGGUCCAGUCAACUACGAGGGCCGAUUCUGUGUCCCGUCAUGCUGACCGAUUCAUUAAAGGCGAGCAAGGAGAUAGUUUGCCUAUACGUUGGGCCUGGUCACCAACACCGAUAGACCAUACACUGAAAGCCGACGUGAACUCGAAAUCUGAAUUCGAAUCUGAUAGAUCAGUCGAAUUUCUUUCCUGGAGCUCUGAGGCGAUCACAAAGCCUGAUCUGCGCUGGACCAACUCUACUGACCUUACCACUAGUAGCCAAAUGGAAGAGUAUACUUCUAGAAAUCUAAAGGAUAACAUCAAUAGAAAUGCUGGCCUCUCGAACCUUGCUUCACGGCCGGUAUCUUUGGCUCGCGAUGUUAGUCUUGCCUCCGGACCAGCUGUUUUGAUGUCGUAUAGACAGCCAGAUAUAAGCUUAAAUCGAAUGUCAAAUAAAAUCCAACCAUCGAAACAUAUGUACAAUUCGAAGCAAGAGAAGAAAUGGUCACUUGUCAAUAAAUAUGACAAGGUUUCGGGAAGAGGAAACAAAGAAACUGAUGAAAAGGUAGCACUUCGAUACAACCAAGUUCCCUGGCAAUAUACUCCGAAAUGCCGAUCCUGUGGCCGACCCAUGCUGCAGGACUCCUUUUGUUCGGAGGAUUUUGGUAAGCGACUGAAUAUAGACAUAGCAGCUAUUUCACCACAAAACCUAAUAAACUAA